AUUCCUUUGAGAGGGCCCAUUGAAGGUGGAAUGCAGGUGACAAUUGAAGGGAGCCAACCUGGAAACGAGCCAAGAGAUCUAUGAUAAGGUCAAGAUUGGUGGAAUCCCUUGCAUUUCCACUGAAUACAACUUCUCAGUGAGGGUUGUGUGCAGGACCGGAGUAAGUGGGUCGCCGCUCAUGGUAGACAUGGUCGUUGGGAUCCGUGCUGGCAUCAGAAAGGGGCACAAGAAGUUCCAGUUCCAACAAGUCAUGGUUCGUGACAUUCAACCUUGCACUGGUCCCCAGUCGCGAGGCACUCGUCUCUACAUCAGCGGAUCGAACCUCGACAUUGACAACAACCUCACUCCGUACCUCGACAUCCUCCCCUGCACUGUGGACAAGGGAUGUCGGAAUAUGAUGGUCACGGGUAGGAACCAGCCACGAAUGGCCGUCUUUCACAAAAACCGAAUCCUUAAAGAAACUGUUCUCAUGGAACUUGAAGGUGACUUACACUGUCCGAAGAUACAUCUGUCGCACAAGCUGCUAAACAUGGCGGGCACUUUCAAAGGUUAACAGACUUCAGUGUGUUGAUAGCGAACGAUGCCUGUUCUCUGCAACGAACACAUCUGGAAUACCACAAAGCAGCUUGACAGCAAGCCAGCUACGACUACAGAACGUUGCAUGUGUCGGGAUGCAUCAGCAGUGCACACGUGUAACUGUGAAUAUGUGGAUCCGUGUUGUCGUUUCUGUGUGUCUGUGCCCAAAGCUUUGUUCACAUUUAUUUAUAAACUGCAAAAAAAAAAAGAUACA